UAGACGUUCCAGUCUUAUGAUAGUUCCAGUGGGUGACAUCACAAAGUAAAAUAAAAGUUACGUUCAUGACAAUUUGAUACGGAUAAAAAUAUGUUUAAAUUUAAAUAGUUUCUUUUAUUUUGAUAAAUGCUUCACUUAUAAUAUUAAUUUAACAAUACCAGUUUGGGACACAAAAAGUGCUUAUAUAUUCCGCGAAUUUGGAUUCUAAAAUGAAGAAAAACAGAUACAAUUACAUCAUAGCAACAAUAACAGCCGUUUUAGUGAUGAUAAUUUUAAUAUUAUUUUUAUUGUAUUAUUUUAGAAGUACUACAGAAGAUUUUGUCCCUGGACCCAAAAUUGUAAUCGACCAUGACGGAGGAGCUGAUGACGCAAUGGCUAUAUUUAUGUCUCUACAAUACCAAAAAUAUUUUAAUGGAUUUCAAGUGGUCGCAUUAACAACAACACACGGCAAUGUUAAUGAGCCUCAAGUCUUUAACAAUAGCCAGAAAAUUUUAAAUAUCAUUGGCAGGAAAGACAUACCUAUUUAUAGAGGUAGUAAAUAUUCUCUUGUGCAAGGAAUAGAAUCUGAUUAUUAUUUUGGUAUGGACGGAUUUGGAGACAGUGAGACUGAUUUCUUGGAAUAUGAAUCUAUUGAAGCUCAGUCGAAUCCGGCCGCUUUGGCGUUAAUAGAAAUGUCAAAGAAAUUUGAAGGAGAAUUGAUCGUGGUUGCGCUGGGGCCGUUGACAAAUAUCGCAAUAGCGGUACGAUUAGACCCAGGUUUUGUUAAUAGACUCCUCAAAUUAUAUGUAGCAGGCGGACACAUUUACAGUGAGCACCAUAAUGAACCAGAAUUUAACGCAGAAAUGGAUGUUGAGUCGUAUCAUGUCUUGUUGCAGAACAGUCGACCGGACAUUGUUACUUUGAUCCCCUUCUCUCAAGUAUACAUAUCUCAUAAUAUUAGUAGAGAAUGGCGUGUCUCAAUUUUAGGCUCAAUACCAAGUGAAUUGAUACGAGCAUUGAACGUGUUUGAACAAAAAUCUAUAGUUCAAAGUGAGGAAUGGUGCUUAUUAGACCCGGUUGCUAUGGCGAUAGUGCUUAAUGAAACUCAGAUUAUUGAAGAAUGGAGAUAUACUUACAACACUAUUGAUUUAUGCGAGAGAAGGGGCAUAAACACAAACAAUUUCACAUCAACCGAAACAAUCAAUUCAAAAAUUGUUUACAAAGUGAAAGAAGAACCGUACAAGAACAUGCUUUUGGACAUAUUUUCUGCUGGUUUAACAUAAUUUUAAGUUAUAAAUAUUAG